GGUUGGGGGUGAAAUAGAUAGAGAGUGAUGGUUGGUCUUCUUGUCUUUGACUCUAUCAAGUCUCUUUCGUUGCAUUUUUCUUCACUCACAAGGUAAUCAUCAUAUGUGUAUGAGAAAUGGAACAUAUUUUGCUUCCACUUCACAUAAUCUUUAUUUUUUUUUCCUUAUUUUUAUGAACUCAUUCUCUUUCUCAUUAUGCCAUGUUCUAUAUAUCUUACUUCAUAUUUUUCACCAUCAAAGCCUAGCUAGUUGGAACAACAAGAAACUUAUCACUUUCUCUUUUCAUCUUCCUAGGGUUUACAUUCUUGUGUUGUCGAUGAGGAAGCCGGAACAUAAUAGUAGUAAUCCAUCCCCAUCGACAAUGAUGAAGGAGAAGGAGAAGGAGAAAGGGAAUAAGGCAAAGUUAAGAAAAGGGUUAUGGUCACCAGAGGAAGAUGAGAAGUUGAUGAAUUACAUGUUAACAAAUGGGCAAGGAUGUUGGAGUGACAUUGCUAGAAAUGCUGGCUUGCAAAGGUGUGGCAAGAGUUGUCGUCUUCGAUGGAUUAAUUACUUGAGGCCAGACCUUAAACGAGGUGCUUUUUCUCCACAAGAGGAAGAACUCAUUGUUCAUUUGCAUUCUAUUCUUGGAAAUAGGUGGUCACAAAUUGCGGCUCGUCUCCCGGGAAGAACAGAUAACGAAAUCAAGAAUUUUUGGAAUUCCACAAUAAAAAAGAGGCUGAAAAACAACAACAACAACAACAAUCACAGUAACAACAGCACGCCAUCACCUAACGCCAGUGAUUCUUCCUCAGAUCCUAGGGCUCUCGUGGGAGGAAUAUUCCCUAUGCAAGGGCACGAUGUAAAUGUCAUGGCAGCCUUCUGCAUGGAUAAUUCAUCGUCUACUACCUCAGGGUCAUCCAUGCAAGCCAUGGUUCCUAGCAACCAUUUUAACCCUUUCCCUCAGCUUGACAAUACAAGCUACGAUAUCUCAGGAUUAGUCGGGCCAGUAAAUUUAGGUCAAUUUGGUUGUAACGGUUGUGAUGGUGGAUUUUUGGAUUAUGGAGUUGAGGAGACUUAUAGUAUGAUGGGGUUAGAAAGUGAUGAAUUUUCAGUACCCCCACUAGGGGGUGUUCAUAAGAGUACUAUGGGGGAGAAUAAUAACAAUAAUAGUCAUGUCAAUUUUAGUAGUAACAUUGUGAUUGGAGCCAAUGACUAUAUGGUUGAGAAGAAAAUUACAAAUGGUAACAACAACAACAACAACCAGCACUUGGUGAAUAUGAGUGGGAGUAGUGAUCAAAGCCUAAAGGUUGAGGACUAUAUGGUUGGUUUUGGGAAUCAUAAUCAUUGGCAUGGGGAAAGCUUAAGAAUUGGAGAAUUUGAUUGGGAAGGUUUGUUGGCAAAUGUUUCCUCUUUACCUUACCUUGAUUUUCAAGUUGAAUAACUACUCUCUCCAACCCUUCACCCUACACAACACACUCAGUAAUGACACAAAUACCCCCCUCUUUCUUUCUUUCUUGAUUGAUAAUAGUUACGUUCAGAAAGCCAGUGACGCAAGAUUUGAAAUUCAGUGAAUAAUAAGUAUGUCAGGCUUUUCUCUUUUUCAUAUCUUCUUCUUCUUCCAUCUAUUCAUUAUACAUAAGUUGUUCCCCUUAUCAAUUCCACAACCUCAUCUUAGAGAAAAUUUUGAGAUACACUUCUUUUCUUGAUUUUCGAUUAUCAAAAACUUCCACUAGAUUUUCUUUUUGUUUGCCAUUUCUUUCUUUCUUUCUUUUUCCUUUUUUGUAUAAUUGUUCUUCCUUCACGUUGAUCUUUUUUUAGUUUCCUUCGUCAAAAUUCAUAGAGGAUUAGAAAUAAGUCUUCAAAUUAAGUUGGACACACAUUUCAGUCGUUGUUGAGGAUUAUGGGGAUUCUAGGGGAGAAUAAUAUCUUUUCUCAAGAAGCAAAGUGUGAAUAGAGAAUGAGCAAAGUACAGAUAUAGAAGAUUAUGAAGAGAAAGUAAAUAAAAAGGUCAAAUUGUUGAUUUGUAAGCAGUAUUUGUGUACAGAUAUGGAUGGAUCAAUCAAUAAUCUUUUGAAUUGAAGAGAAUUUUAGUUAGCUACACGUUUCUCAUAAAACAGAUGGAGGAAAUUGUUGUACGUUCUUUGUCACAAAGGAAUAAGAAGCAGUGUUAGUUUUUCCA